CACAAACAGAGCAAGCCUAAUACAGGAACUUCUAACAAACCAAACCUUAGUUGGUAGUCGUUAUAAGUCAGAGUGAGAAACAAAUUCACAAUUUUGCCUAUAGACAUAGUCGAAGUUAACUAUUUUAUAAUUCGGCUUGUCGCUCAAAUCGAGUUUGAUGAUAAGUAACAGUUGAUUAAUUGAAUACGAUGUUGGCAUUACGAGAAAAAUGCUUCGUUCCUCGUGUUGAAGUGGGUUUUAUCUAUAUAGAAAAAAAAAACGUGAAAAAUAUCUGCUUGGAAAGUGGUUGGUUUAUAGUUAUUAAGAUUCUAAUUUGGGAACAAAAUUUUUUUUUUUACUUUACAAAGUUUUACGACAUUUUGAUAUUGGGUAUCAGCCCAACCCUAUUUUCUAAUGUUUAAUUUCGUCCUUCGAAAUUCAUAAAAGGUAUCACACUUCCAUCGUAUAUAGCGUACGUAGUUGUUACUUAUCGAUCUCGAUCGGUAAGUAUGUUGAUAGGUAUUUGUCUGUUUGACACUUUCGUAUGUUACGCUAUAUCCUUCUAAAGCGAGGUUUUGGAUGAAUUAUGUCGUAUAAUUAGCGAGUUAUUAUUUAAUUAGUGAUGGGACACGCGGUGUCGCUAUUGAGUCAGAGCAAAAGAUACACGCCGCUAGAUCGAUAAGUCGGUGGUCUCCGAUCGCUAUCUAGUUUUCCCUUUAACCCUCGUUGCGUGCCGAGGCUGAGGUACUUUAUCGGUCCGCACUCAAUUCUUUAAUUCCGUGGUUCCCGAAGUUGAUUGACCGGGAUCCAAAAUUAGAAGCGGAAAGAUAUCCGCAGGCCGGGAGAUGGGAACGCCCGGAAGGGGAAGAUGCCGGAACGUAUAUUUAAGAUACCGUUAUAAUAAAACUGUUACAAAUAUACACGUGCUCAAACCGUGGCAAAGACGUAACAGUUGGCGGUAUUCAAAACUCAAAAAGUAUAAAUAUAGAAUGUCAAACUAUUUCUAAUAAGUUCGGCCACAUUGAAUCAUUACGCGGGCCGAGGUUUGGAAACUAGUCUAAUUUAAACUAGUAAAAUCUUGUCUGUGUAUAAUCUUCUUCAAUUGAAAACGACAACGAUGAAAUCAAUAUAUAGAUUCCAAUAAAACAACAAAAUAGCCUAACUUUUGACUGGAGUGUCACUUAAUCCUCAAACCCCUUAAAUUCAAACGUGGUCACGCGACAAUCACCGACAUGUCGCGUCAACUUUUCGUUAGAUAUCGAUGCAUAUGCCCACAGCCUCCAAUUUAUCCAACUCGUUUGGUUUACAUCAAGUAAGGUAGUAAAUCUCCGAUUUCAGGAAGAUGGAAGACCCGUGAAUCAGUUUCUUGUUUUUCAGUACAAAUUCCUCAACGUAACGUAUGUAUAAAAUACUAAGCAUGCCUUCUGAAAAACCGACAAGGAAUAAUCAUGUUUCGACUUCGAAUCCAGGCGUUGAAAGUUUAAGCGAUUCGGAAAAUUCAUCUUCGCCAAAUGCAGAAAAUCAACAUUCGAGUUCUCACCAGACUCGAGAUGGAAGAAGACCAAACCGGCCCAAAAAUCCAUCUGAAGGGCAAGCUUCUGAUAAUACACCCAGUUCAGAUAUCAACAGGCAAAUAAACAUCGGGAAGCAAACAAAUAUCGGGAAGCAAACAAACAUCGGGGAGAAAACAAACAUCGGGAGGCAAACAAACAUCGGGAAGCAAACAAAUAUAGGGAAGCAAAAAAACAUCGGAAAGCAAACAAACAUCGGGAAGCAAACAAAUAUCAAAAACCAACAAAACAACACGGGCAACUUCUCCGCUGGAAAUAUGUCAUUCGGCGGGACAUUCCAUCAAACUCAAAACGCGUCUACGACCAACGUCAACGCAUCUAAAAGGAAAAGAGGACGCGACGACUCUAGUGAUGAGGACGGACCUCCGUCAAGCAAGAAGUAAAAUGCGACUGAGCUGGGCAAUAGGAGAAAUACAAAUUUCC